UUCAAAACUUGACGGUUUCGAGUUUCCCAGAGAGAUGAACACUGAGGCGGAUUACGGAGGGUCGGGCAGCAGCGGGAACGGAAAACUCCGCCAGUGGCUGAUAGAGCAAGUAGACUGCGGGAAAUAUCCCGGUCUGGUUUGGGAAAACGAUGAGAAAUCUAUCUUCCGGAUACCGUGGAAACACGCCGGGAAGCAGGACUACAACCGGGAUGAGGAUGCCGCGCUUUUCAAGGCCUGGGCGCUGUUUAAAGGCAAGUUUCGGGAGGGAAUCGACAAGCCGGACCCGCCGACUUGGAAGACGCGCCUACGCUGCGCCCUCAACAAAAGUAAUGAUUUUGAGGAGCUUGUGGAUAGAAGCCAGCUGGAUAUUUCGGAUCCCUACAAAGUUUACCGCAUCAUCCCCGAGGGCGCCAAGAAAAGACCCAAACAGGAGGACAGCCCUUUGAGUUCAAUGAGCUACCCCAUGCACGCCUCCUACCCUGCCCUGCAAACUCAGAUGCCAGGGUACAUACCCACUCCAGAGUGUGGCUGGAGAGAUUUUUUCCAAGAGCCGACCUCCCUGCCAGAGAUGUCCUUUGCUCAGUGUCCCUAUCCCCCCCGAAGUCUGCCGUGGCAAAGCUCACCUAUGGAGAAUGGGUACCAGAUCAAAGCCUCCAUUUAUUCCUAUAGUCCUGCUGACAGCCAGCCCUCGCCCUUCACCCUGGACGCCAGCAUGAGAUCAGCAGAGGCGUUCUCAGAUUUCCGCCUGCAUGUGACUGUGUAUUACCGGGACACGCUGAUAAGGGAGGUGACAACCUCCAGCCCAGAGGGGUGCCACAUUGCUCCAUGCUCCCCAGAGGACAAGCCCUACCUGCCCCCAGGGGGUCCUGAGCUUGUGCCCCUGCCUGUAGAGAGCCCACCAGCCCAGAGGAGGGCAGAUGAGUGCCCCCCUAGCCCCCCGUCUUCCAUGGAGAGGGGUGUGUUACUGUGGAUGGCCCCUGAUGGACUCUAUGCCCGAAGGCUGUGCCAAGGGCGAGUGUACUGGCAGGGAGGGCUGUCACCCUAUGGAGACAAGCCCAACAAGCUGGAGAGAGAGGUCACCUGUAAACUACUCCACACACAGGACUACCUCACAGAGUUACAGAGCUAUAGCCUCCAUGGUCGGCCACUGCCUCGGUUCCAGGUCCUGCUGAGUUUUGGAGAUGAAUGUCUGGACCCGCAGAGACAAAGAAGGAUCCUCUCAGUCCAGGUGGAACCCUUGGUUGCCAGACAGCUCCUAUACUACGCUCAGCAGACUGGUGGCCAUUACUACCGCACCUAUGACCACCCUGGAGUCACGGACCACAUGAGUCCAUCUGAGGACUACCAGAGGGCCAUCACGCACCACCACAGCAGCAGCUUGCAGGAGUGAUCUCAGUAGAGUCCUAUGACUUCUGGGCUUUGUUCAGACUGCAGGCAAAUCCGAUUUGUUUCUCAAAUCCGAUCAUUAUGACUGACUGUCCACACUGUUAAUUGCAAGGAAUCGGAUCGGAUUCGUGUGUUCAAGCACCAUUCAGCUAUCUGCAUUGGUUGCUGUAGUAUCAAUGUAGGCGUGUGUACGUGUGGUAACUGAUUGCAUGUUUUUCAAAUGCGGAGGCAAACUAAAAUGUGCAGAAUCCCUCAGCCCAAGCAGACAACAAUAGCGACAGAUGAACUGAUGUGCAGCAAUGUUUCAUGCUGCAGCUAUGGCUAGUGGCUCUACAUUAAAAAAAAAAAAAAAAAAAAUCUGGUGCUCCAGAUGUGAUGCCACCAUUGUGAGU